CUCCACGCCUGCCUCGCCGAUGACGUCUUCCUCCACGCCUGCCUCGCCGAUGACGUCUUCCUCCACGCCGCCGCCGAUGUCAUAUCCUCGUUUCCGGCGAGACGCACCAUGGCGCCAAUCACGUCCGCCUUCCCGACGGCCAAGAUGGUGGCCGUCCCUUGGUCGCCCGCCUCGCCGGCUUCAGCGGCGUUCUUCUCGCCGCCGCCAUCAGACUCGUCCUCGGUGGAUUCGGGGACACUGGGGCCGGCGACCCACCACCAGUUCUCCCCUCCACCCUCCCUUGUUUCGUGAGUAUGUUGGACAUCUGGAAUCUGUCCAUAGGGGGGGGAUACUGUUACGGCUCAGGCUCCUGCCAACGCCGCUCAUCCGUCUGUGCGCACCUCGGGACACGCCCACGGGUGCGCACAUCCAGGGACGCGCCGCGCGCGUCCCCGCCCUGCAGCAGCCACCAGCUGCAUUCACUCACCGGCAAUCUACACUCCUGGGUCUGAUGAGGGCAGGCUCAAUAAAGGACCAGUGGACCCAAGGAUCGGCGCGGGAACUUAGUUUUCUCAUGGUGUACCUGCCUUCCCGAGUCUUCCCUCCUCGAGAUCUCCCGUUGUUUCCCCGGUGUUUUUGGACUGCCUUCUUCGUUUCCCGACUCCUCACUCGCCCCUGGACUCUGACGUCUCUCUCUGCCCCACGGACCCCUCGCUGAUCUUGGACCCCUUUUGCCUUGCCCUCUUUGGACUUGUCUGCCCUUUUUCUCAUCAACACUUGGUAACACACUUCAGAUAUCUACACACAUAGUCUUACAACACACACACUCUUGUAUUUUAGUCACACACUCUAUUUCUAUAGUU